AUGAUUGAAAUUUCCGGACUUGGUCACCUUCAUAGUCUUCUUAGGAAUAAUUCAAAGGUAUGUGUGAUUUACUUCUAUGCCACUUGGUGUGGUCCAUGUAAGUACGUAAUGCCAUCAUAUCUGAAAAUGGUGGAGUACAACGACACGGCGAAGGUGGUUUUUUGUAAAUGUGAUGUAGACCGCAACGGGGACUGCACUGCGCGGUUUAAAGUUGAUGCGAUGCCCACUUUUGUGGUUUGUGUUGGCGAGGAGACAAUAGGGAUCGUAAAAGGUGGUCAAUUGGACGCAGUCCAGCGCAACAUUGAUAUGGCCCUUGCGCAGCUGGUGGUUCACGCGUCAGAGCCGAUGCUCAGAGUGGGAAAGUGCCAUAACGAAUUCGCGGAAAAGAUGCUCUGCAUUCAGCUGGCCCAGAGUGGGGAUGACGCGAUCCUGCAGAAAGACUCCUGUGAUGAGGCGUACAGGAUGUUGAUGAAGAAUGAGCCGGACUCUCCGUCGGGGCUUAAGCUGAUUCCGUAUUUAGCAUCCACGGCGGCUUCUCCAGAAGCCUUAGAUGCGCUUUUUCGAUACAUCUCGUUGCGAGCCCCACCUGAGUGUUAUAACGUCGGACUCAUUGUAAAUCAGGUACUUCGCUAUGUUUUGGAUUUAGCACUGAACAUUACAUGGGAUGCUACUCCUAUCAUUGAGGCUCUUCAUCGAGUGGUGCAUUCCCUCAUCAAAAGCGUACAGGCGCGGGAUAUAGUGGUGCGGAGCUCGUUUUUUGACAGUGAGUUCAUUCGUACGGGAUUCGAGCUUGAACAGUCGACGAUACUUGGCGCAUUGCUGGGCAUUGGCCCGGUGUCGAGAGGGCAUGCCAUUAUGUUUCCUCAACUCAACAUGCAGAUGUGGCAACAUCUUAUAAAGUUAUUUCCUCCUCAGGAGAGCGAAAAAUACCCCCAACAGAUUUAUGAAAUCCAACAAAUCGUAGAGAGGCUUGCGAAGUGGAAUUCUCAACUGGUUCAGACCUUCUUUCGAACGAAAUGCACACGGAAUGCGACGAUGAUUUUUUUUAAUCGUGCUCUCCGUCUCAACGAGGAUUAUCAGAAGAUUAUGCACCGGAAUAGCCCACUCUCCUCUCGUUUUUUUAUGCUUCAAAUGGAGAAAGCUCUGAUCGAGGUGGCACUUCCCAUCAUCUCUAGCGCAGAGGGGGAGUCGACGACGAAUUUUAGUUCAAUUCCAGCGUCGUAUCUGCUUGAUAACCCUAACAUCCGCGAGGUGAUCAGCUUUGGUGCGGACACAGAGCGGUUGGCUCACUUCGACGAGCACGAAAACCCGCUCCCGUUGGCUUCAAGCGAUGAGGGGGGUUACAAACCAUAUGUUCAUCUUUUCUUCUAUGCCGCCCGCUCCCUGACCCUGUGCUCAGCGGUGUUCACUGAUGAGCACGAUCGGAAUGAGCGUAACGUUCAACAUCCACAGCUUUCCCAUCAGGAGCGCAUCGCUUUGACUGCGGAAAAGUGCCUCUAUGAGGGCCUCCUUGGGGGCGUGAAAUUGGGUGAAAGUCAGCUUCGCUACCUCAACGGCCUUGCUGGCUGGCUGCUGUGCGUGAUGGGUGUCGAUAGUGUCGGGCACCUUCCGGCAACUCCCCCAAUGCAAUGGAAGUACCUGCCUCAGCAGCUCGUGGACUGCGUCUUUCGUGCCUCCAAGAUGCUGAUGCUGAAUAGCCUGCUUGUCGACAACAUGAUCUCGCUUAUGCUGGUGCUGAUGGGGAAUACUCUCUACUUCACUAAACCGCACACACAUGCCCUCUUUCCCUCCUUCUUGAUAAAGCUGAUGGAGAAUCCCGAGACGCGGGCUGUGGUCGAGGGGCAUGCAUGGUUCCACGAACACAUCAUGCGCGCCUGCAUGAAUUGCUAUAUCGCGGUGGAGAAAUUGACUUACGAAAAGGUUCAGGUGCGGUAUGAGCUGUCUUACUGUCUUAAGACGUUUCUGGGCUCAGAUAACCUCUGCCAACCUCUGCGCGAUGAGUUUCAGCGUGAGGGAGCAGUCCUAGAGCGAUUUUCUCACAUGGCCGUCGCUGAGGUAAAUGAGGCAGUUGAUCAACUCAUUCACAGUCUUACUAAGAUGAACACCAUGAUGAAGAGUUCUACAGACGCAUCUGAAGAAGCUGCAAACGCACCACAUGGCUCCUUGGGCGGCAGCCACAAUGAUGCCUCUAGCCCUGAUUACAGUAGCAUUCAGAAUACGGGGGAUGAAAAUGAUGAGGCAGAGGACUCGACUGAGGAGGGCAUGACGUAUUCCCAAAUCGGCAUGAGUCUUCGAUCACAUAUCAUGCUCUUCAUGGCCUCCAUCGAUAUGUUUAUCCAGCUUUCCAUCCAAUUUCCUCGCGGCGUGACACAGAACCUGGUUGCCCAGCAGAUUGGCCAAAUGCUCGCACGCAGCCUGGUCGUCUUCGCAGGACCCAACAGUAAGAACCUAAAGAUCAAGAAUGCCGACGAGUACCAGUUUAAGCCACGCGAGAUCCUAAGUCGUCUGGUAGACUGCCUUACUCAUUUCCGCCGCAGCCGUAACUUCUUAAACUGCUUAUGCCACUGCGGGAUCCCCUUAAGUGAUCUGCAAGGUGCGAUUAAAACUAUCCUGCAGCGUCAGCUCGUCUCGGAGGACUUGAACUGGAAGUUGUCGGAGAUGUCAGCGGCGCUCGAGUCUUGCUCGAAGGAGGCGGUUGAUGAGGAGGCUCUUUGGGAUGAGGCACCGGACUUUGCUCUGGACGCGCUUCUGUCCACGCCGCUCCUUAACCCUGUCGCACUCCCAUCGGAUGUUAAAGAUUUGCAAGAUCUGUUAUUUGUCAACAAGGAAACAAUUCACCAUCACCUUCUGUCUGAGAACAAGCAUCCCUUUACAAAGGAGUAUCUAGAUGAACCGAUGGUGGAGGCCUUUAAUGCAAGACCAGCCGUCUUAGAAGCAAGAAAAGAGCUGGAGAAUAAAAUAUCGGAAUGGCUGAGAACAGCGAGAAAAGCCAGAGACUCUGCGCCCUAG